CAUCACUCGUCCGUCUAUCUUCGCAAAAGAAGAGAAUAGUUUGUGGCAAAAUAUUAUAAUUGCUGUUCGCUAUAAUUCGAUCUCUUUCCACAAGGCAAUGGUGGGUUUACGAAGUACCGGUAGCUUACUCAAGCUAAGGGUUCAUUCUCCGGGGCAAAAUGAGUGAAUCAAAAGCUCAGUGUUACAGCAUCUGCUGAUUCCUUGCUUCAUUCAUAGGGGUCUAUUGCUCAGGAAAUCCUUGCUGGACAGGCUCUUCGAUCGAACUGAUUAUUUUGUCUCAUUCGGCAUCUCCGUGUCCUUCCCGCUUGUGCCCGGGCAAUGUCAAGCCGCCCGUGGCUGUGUGAUUGGCCCUUCCUUUACGGAAGGAGGAUGGCGGUAAAUGCUUUAGGCUUCAGAGCGUCGAUGAUUCAGUUCACGGUGAUCGUUCUAUGGUUGCUGCUUUCGGCGAGCCAUUCUGUCCAUUCAGCCAGCGCUGCACCCAGUCCAACUGAUGAUUACGGCUCUGGCGAUGGAAACGGUACGAAUGUAACCCAAGCUACCGGCUUCACGACUUCGCCUGAUGGGACCUCCUCAAUGACCUCAGCGAGCGCGGCUACCCCAUUAUUUCCGAGCACCGCCAUUCCUCCAUCACCUAGCUCGGUGAUUCAUUCAUCGCCUACCUCGGUAAUUCCUUCAUCACCGAUCACAGCUAUCCCUGCAUCUCCGAGCUCGGCGAUCCCUUCAUCAUCUAUCACGACAAUUCCCUCUUCACCCAGCUCGGCUAUCCCUUCAUCUCCGAGCACAGCCACCACCACGCAUUCCACAACCAUCGAUCCUAUCUUCUCCAGCACAGUUGCAGCGACGUCCGAAAUACCGCCGAGCUCAAGGGCAACAUCUCCACGGACGACAGUGGUGGUGAUAAUAGGGACGACCGAGGCGGGUACAUUUAGCCGCCUCAACGUGGGAACGCUUAUGGCGAUCUGUGUCGGCUGCGGACUGUGCUUCGCGCUGUCAUUGCUGGCUGUGCAUAUCCUACGGAAGAGCCGUCGCCACCACGAGAGCAAUGCCGACGAGGCCAAGAGGCUGCGCCAGGCCAGGGAGAACAGUCGGCAGAAGAGCGUGCGUAGACAGAGUGAGUUCGACAAGGUGACUGACUGGGCUGGAUCAUCGCUGGCUACCAGCACCCUAGUGUUUGACGAUGAUUACGAGAGAGGCAGCUCUAUCGAGCCUGCAUCACCAACAGGGUCGAUACCUGGGUCGAUGCCUGGGUCGAUGCCGAGUUCACAACGAAACAGUGUUUCCAGCGAAUCCAGUGCAAUGUCGAGCUCAAAACUUAUCAAGCCUGAUCGAGACAACAAGAAAAGCUGGACUGAUGAGCCGGACAUCGAGGAGACGAAUUUCUCUAUAGGCAACGAGAUGGACGACGACAGAGGCACGGUGAACAGAGUGAAGAACUUUGUAGUCAUCGACGGCGGACACGACUCACACCAGCGAAGUGGCAAGCACUCGAAAGCGAAAGACCGGGCACGGCAAAUCCUGGCAGAGCGUCGCUCUACGUACACGCUGCAAUCGCAGGCCAACGAAGCGGCGCAUAAUGUGAUAGCGGAAGAGCAGGAACAGCCGCAGGGGGACGACCUUGACGGUCACGUAUUCGUGGAUGCUAACAGGGCAGCCGUGGAAGUGUAACAACAGCUGGAGAACAUCUCCUGUGAGUUAAACUUGCUAUUUCACUGUGCAUGGGCCAUACUUUCUUUGGGCGCCGACCUGUGGCCAGCAACACAUGGUGCCAGUGCCGCGUCAAAAAAAAACCCAGACAGGAUAUGAAACUUACUAAUAUGUACAAAUUGCACGUGAGAUUGGUAUAGAGAUUUCGGACCUGGACUAUUUCGAUUUACUUCUGUAUGCCCGCCCCUAGUCACAAUGUCUAUCCUGGCAUAUGCAAUGCCGAUCCUCUACUAGGUGGUCUGUUUUACUUCAUCCUUUAGAACAACUCAGCCCUUGCCCUUGAUUCUGCAGACUGAACUCGGCGAUUUACUCAACUUACAUUAUACUUGAGAAUCUAGAUUCUAUUGUUUUGAUCCUCAGAGAAAGUCAUUAUUUACAACUAUACCAUAGCAUGACCACUAACUAUUUUCGAUAC